AUGGCCAUUAUUCAUGUUCUUGGAUCACAAAUUUUCUUCUAUGUUUUUUGGAUCAAUUUUGCCUCAACAAGUUCCAAUACUGAUUCUGAAGCUUUGUUGAAGCUUAAAGCAUCAUUUACAGACACAAAAGCUCUUGAUUCUUGGAUGCCAGGCACCGAGGCCUGCGAUAAAACUCGACAUUGGAUCGGAGUUUCUUGUGACAAUGGUGCAGUCACCGGGCUACGCCUUGGGAAUAUGGGACUAUCAGGAAAGAUAGAUGUCGAUGCAUUGGUGAAUAUUACAGGCAUUCGAAGUCUCAGCUUAAUGUCAAAUUCCUUCUCGGGUCCCAUACCGGAGUUUCAUCGAAUGGGAGCCUUAAAGGGCUUAUAUUUAUCAGGUAACCAGUUUUCAGGAGAAAUUCCAUCGGAUUAUUUUACCACGAUGAGUGGAUUAAAGAAAGUUUGGCUUUCUGGGAACAAAUUUACAGGUGAAAUUCCAUCGUCAUUAGUCCAAUUGUCACAUUUAAUUGAGGUGCAUCUCGAAAAUAAUCAAUUUUCGGGUACUAUUCCUUUGUUUGAACAGCCUAGUUUGAUCUCAAUUGACCUGUCUAAUAAUAAUUUGGAAGGGGUAAUCCCCCCUGGAUUGGUGAAAUUUAAUGCAAGUUCAUUUAAGGGAAAUGCAGGGCUCUGUGGAGAAAAUAUAGAUAAGGCUUGUGAUCCAUCUGCAGGAUCAAUUAGUCCGUUAUCCCACAAAAAAAUUGUUGAUAAAGAGAAUACAAGGAUCUCGAUUUGGUUGCUAGUAGUCGUUAUAGUUGUGCUUUUGGCAAUGGCGGUGGGGAUAUUCGUGAUGAGGAGAAGGCAAGAGCCUACUGAUGUUAGGAUUAAGGAAAAUCUUGACGAUUCAGUUGGUUUUAGAGCACCUAGUGUCGGGAAGAAGGAUUUAGAGUUGAGCCAAAAGGGGUUGGGCUCUAGCAAACUUAGCUCGAGUAGAAAGGGUUCGACUCGUGGGAGAGGUGUCGCGGAUUUGAUAGUUGUGAACGACGAGAAAGGUGAAUUUGGAUUGGCAGAUUUGAUGAAGGCUGCUGCGGAGGUCCUCGCAAGUGGGACAUUAGGAUCUUCAUACAAGGCAACCAUGGGCAGUGGAUUGACAGUAGUUGUGAAGAGGAUUAAAGAGAUGAAUAAAAUGGGAAAUGAUCAAUUCGACGCUCAAAUGAGGCGCAUUGGAAGACUAAAACACCGGAAUGUGUUGACACCGCUGGCUUACCACUACCGUAAAGACGAGAAGCUAUUGGUCAAUGAGUUUAUUCCCAAAGGCAGUUUACUUUACCUAUUGCAUGGUGAUCGAGGAAUUUCCCAUGCUGAGUUGAACUGGCCUGUUCGGUUAAUGAUAGUUCAAGGGAUCGCGAGAGGACUAGGCUAUCUACAUGCUGAGCUCACAUCACUUGAACUACCCCAUGGUAAUCUGAAAUCGAGCAAUGUCCUGCUGACUGCAACAUACGAACCAUUACUUACCGACUAUGGAUUUUGUUCCUUGAUUAAUAGCACUCAAGGUUCACAGGUGCUAGUCGCGUACAAGUCUCCAGAGGCCAUGCUUCAUCACCCUUUGUCACCAAAAUCCGACGUUUAUUGUCUAGGAAUCUUAAUAUUUGAGAUUCUUACAGGUAAAUUCCCUUCUCAAUGUCACAAUAAUGGCAAAGGUGGGGUGGAUUUAGUGCAGUGGGUAAAAUCUGCUAUUGCUGAAGGACGAGAAGGUGAACUAUAUGAUCCAGAUAUUGCGAGCUCCAAAAAUUCAAUAGGCGAAAUGGAGCAACUCCUCCACAUUGGUGCAGCCUGCACGGAAAAUAACCCCGAACAACGUUUAGACAUUCCAGAAGCCAUUAGGAGGAUAGAAGGGAUUCCCAUUGAGGGAGAUCAAGAGGCCAGAACAUUUCAAGUUAUGCCAUCGUUAAGAGAUGGAUUUGCUGCAUCCCAAUCAACGGCAUUAGAAACUAAUACAGCCGGGAGAAGAAUAGACAGCGCUGCAGACAGAUCAGGGCUUAAUAGUUUUGCGUUCGACACAUCUUGA